AUGCUUAAGGAUGUAUUUUGCCUCCAAACAUCAGCCCUUAUUCCGAUUGGAGACAUCUUCUUGAUUGGCGACACAAUAGCAUUGGCCUGGAUGCUACCAACGGACCCUGAAUUCCUCCUCAAGUUCAAGGAUCAUAAGGCCUUGAAAGCCUCAAGACGAAACGGGGAGGAGGAGAUUGUUUUUAUUAAUCAAGAUGGAAAAAUUGUUGGGAAGGUUCCUUAUAAAAGGAAAAAAUUCAUAAAUCCAACCUUUGCUAAACGAAGUAUCGACGAAAAAACAUUUAAGGAAAAAUUAGUAAUUAAAAUCGAUAGAAUAAAAAUGCAUGAGAAACAAUUGAAUAGAGAAUAUUUAAAGAGAGACCAUAUGAACGAGAGGAGUAUAGAGUUCCACAGAAAGAGUCGACUAGGGUUGUAUGAAAAACUGGAGACAUUCCUCACGGCGUUGGGGCGGGACGGGCGGCAGUGCAUUCUUCGCAAAUUAUGUGAGUCUGCCCGCAGCGGCCGCCAGGGAACAUUCUUGCAGGAACUUCUAAGGGUUAUUUUCACGCUACCUAAAGGCAGAGAGUUCAAAAACGAAGAUCAUAAAGCUUACGACAAAGCCCACAAUGCCGAUGGCGACUGUACUACCUUAUACCCUGGUUGCAAUGAUGUGGAACAACAAUUUUAA